GCAGAUGAGCGCUAGGGGAAACUUCAGCUGAUAUCAGCUGACACAAGCAGACAGAGAGACACUGACAUCCUAUAAUGCAUCUUAAGAGCAUCUUCUAAUUCUGCCAGUUCAUUGAUUUGAGAUCAGCAGCACAACAUUCAUGCAGCUCAAUGCCCAAGUGACGCCAUGUUGAACGGUGCAACUCUCCAAAGUCUCCUGCUGGCUGCGGUGUUUCUUUCAAGCUGGGCCGCUCCAUUAGAGAGCACCGUCACAUCGGAUGGCACGUGCUGCGGUGGACAACAGCGAAGGAUGCUUGAAACAGAUGUGAUCUCCACUAAACUUCCACAGUCAUCUUCUCCAGAUGGUCCUGGAAGCGUUGAGGAGGAAGCAGUUGUAAACGGCAGUGCUCGAGAAGGGGUGGGCAGAGCGACAGCGGUUGGAAACGAGGACAGACAGUCCGGGGCGGGUGAGCGAGCAGUCUGGUCUUACUCUCGGUAUCAGAAACUCUCUGUAGAUGAGCAGCAGAGCUCAACCAUUCCGGCCUCCAGACAAUCGGUUGUGGAUCAGUUGCUGGUGACAACAGAUGGGGUGUCUCUCCUACAGGCUUCGACAACCUCUUCUACCGUUGAACAAGAGAGAGAUGAGCCUGUUAGAUUAAUCUCAGAGGAUGUUGAAGGAUCUAACGGGUCGUCAUUUGCAAAAGGAAAGAGUGGGAACAUCCAACCAGGAGGGUUAGACGAAAAGGGGACGGCGACGCCACAAACUAGAACUCCUCUACAGAAGAACGACAGAAGACUGGAAGCAGAUACGAUCACCAGAACUCCGUCAGACCCAACCGAUGGUCCAUUCAGGUUCUCUCCAUUGACCACUAACCCAACCACACCCCAAACAUCUUUAACCAUUACCAGUGGAGACUCGCUGGGUGGGUUAGAUCUCCAGGAUAACACACCUGUGUCCGGACUCCGUCAGCUGGAUCUGACCUUUAACUCCAGAUUGGUGGAUCCUUCUGAUACCUGGACAGAACCAGUUCACCUGCUGGGAGAGGAAGUGAGUGUUCUUCCCUCAUCUCAGGAGGUGGCUAUAGAGGCGACCAUGUCCUCUGAAGAUCUGCCGCUGAUAUUUGAGCCGUUUGAGGAUGUCACCAUGCUUGGUGACUCAGCACCGGUGUCCGAACCUUCUGUCGCCAUGGCAGCAACAGCUGUUACCGUGGGAGACGCAGAGCUUGAGCAAAUGAUGUCUAUGGAUACAGGCCACGCCUCUGAUGCCACUCUCUCAGGAGUGAUGAAUUGGCCGCCAUCAUGGCAGACGUCUGGAGAUCAGAAAUAUGAUGCCGUCAGUCCAUCAAAUAUGCUGGUCAACGGUCCGGUCACAGAAUCUGAUGAGCCAAAAGAGCAUGACGAAAACACACAGAGUGAUGACAUCAUGCAGAGGUCUGUUACCCAGCAACCUCUGACUGAAGCCGUUCAGUUACCAGCAUCAAAACCAAAGACAGACACGGAAGAUGUUGAAUCUAGAGAGCCUGAUGAAGACGAGGAAGACGAGGAGAUGAAUUUGAAUGAUGAGGAGGAAGAGAGUGAAGAGGACCUGACAGAAACCACCACCUCAACCCCCACACGCGCCCCCUACAGCCUCAUACCUCCUCCUCCAGUCUGGGUGCAGCGGAACCAGGGACUGGUGCGGAGCUGGGUUGAACUUAUAAGAGAAAAGGCCGGCUAUGUGUCUGGUAUGUUGGCACCGGUUGGCAUCGGAAUAGCUGGUGCUCUUCUGUUGGUUGGCGCUCUGUACAGUAUCAGAGUGAUUCAUCACAAACGGAGAGACAACUUUAAACAUCAGAGGAGGAAGCCGCCCAGAGAGGUUCGGAGCGGACCUGACAAUGCAAUGCUUCUGGCCGACAGCUCAGAGGAUGAAUUCUGAUGAAGACACACAAACAUCACUGCGGAAGGCUUUUAGAAACCGUGUGUGCUUCAGCUCAGAUACAAGCAGUCGUGGUUUGUGGAUUCACCGCCUGCCUCCUUAAUAGCGCCGCAGCACAUCAGUAUAUACUGUUGACCCGCGGGGGUUUCAAACUGGGGUCCGGGGACCUCCAGGGGGCCGCAAGGGAGUGCUAGAGGGCCCACAAAACAUUUCUGUGAAAUUAUGUGUACAAAUAUUUCAUUCUGAAAUCAUUAGAUUAAUCACCUUUAUGAGAGCUAUAGGUAGAAAUAUUAAAUACUGCUAUAAUACUGUAAUUUCAUAUAUUAUAGUGAUACAUCGUAUUUGUAUGAAAUGUUGGU